AUGUUUUCUGUCAGUUUGGUAACAUUAGACAGUUACCAGGCAGCUCCAGUAUCUGGAUUGGAUGUAACAUUUUCAGAUUUUCGUGGAACAGAAAUUAAGCAUGUGCCAGUCAUUAGAAUAUUUGGGUCUACUCCUUCUGGAAUAAAAACAUGCCUGCAUAUACAUGGUGUAUUUCCAUACAUUUAUAUACCUUGUGCAAUAGAGAACAAUGUUGAUAGUUUUAUGUAUAAAUUAGCUGCAGCAAUUGAUUCGGCGAUUAAUGUGUCUCUGGGAUCAGCAUUCUCUAAAAGUCAGCAUGUUUAUAAAAUUCAACGAGUUUCUGGAAUUCCACUUUAUGGAUAUCACGAGAAAGAACAUUUAUUUUUUAAAAUAUAUUUUUACAAUCCUGCAAUGGUUAAACGAGCAGCUGAUUUAUUACAAAAUGGCACAAUACUUAAUCAAAAUCAUCAACCAUACGAAGCUCAUAUCCCAUUCAUAUUGCAAUUUAUGAUGGAUUAUAAUCUUUAUGGUAUGAGCUUAAUAAAUUUGAAGAUUAUUAAAUAUAGGCAACGUAUAACAAUGGGAUCAAAAGAAAAUUCUCAGAACGAAAGCUUGUCCAAUUCCGAUUCACAAAUAUAUCUUCCUGCAUCUGUGAUUAGACAAAGCACAUGCAAAUUAGAAGUGGACGCACAAGCGACUGAGAUACUUAACAGAGAAGAAAUUCAGAAUGGUUUAGAUUUGAAUCCUGGUAUUGCAGCAAUUUGGAAUGAUGAAAAGUGUAGAAGAGUAGCUAAUGGUUUACAGCAAUCCGAAUCACAAUUAUUAUAUACAAACACAAAUGAUAGAGUUUAUGGGCCAACCAAUAAUGAUAUUUAUCAAGAACAAAGAUUAAUACAAAGAUUGCAAACUAUUUCUCAGAUGAGUGAAACAGUAGCAUCAGUAACACCAAGUGUACUUACUUAUCCAUUAGAAGUUGAAAUGGAUACAGACGAUAUGCAGUUAGUAGAAAUGUUAGUUAAUUUAGCGGAAUCGAACGAAGAUGACAUUAUUGUGGACGACGAUAGCGUCCUUGCGUCUCAGUACUCUGCAUUGAGUAAUGAAAUCAAAGAAGAUAAUGAAGAUGAAGAAAUCGAAGAUCUAAAUAUUACAAGUUUAGAUUUAGAUAGUCUUAGUUCGUGGAAUACAGUUUCUAAGACUGCCAGUCAAUCGAGUACAACUGAAAUUACAAAUGGAAAAGAAAAAUCUGCUGUGCUUGAAAAUGACACUGAAGAUAUUUCUUUGCUAAACUUUCCACAGUUUGAUGGUUCGUAUGAUUUGUUUUUAGAAAAUGAAAAACAAUUACAGAGAAAACCUUUGAUUCAUACAAUAGAACAACAAAAGAAAAGUAAAAGAAGAAAGGGAAUGCAAGCUGUUAAACGGGAUUUAUUUCAUACAUACUCUAGAAACGCGUUUAAUGCGAUCGAUUGGAACCAUCAAGAUUUGGAUGUUUAUGAUUUAGAUGAGUUAGAUCAUGCACUAUCAUUCGUUGAUCAUUCUAAUUCGUUGUAUACAACUGAUUACGACGAAUCGCGUUUCACGAGUUACAAUCUUUCAAUGAAACCGAAAAUACCGGCGUUUGAUGGUAACGCAGUCGACAGUUCCAGUGAUUCUGAAUUGGACCAGGAUAUUACUAUUGACAGAGAAGAAAAACGUAUAUGCGUUUAUAAGUCAUGCGGAAAGUCUAAAAAUGAGCAAAAUAUUGUGAACGUUUCUUUCAAAAAACGGAAGUUAGAGUUCGAGGAUACGAGUUUACAGUCUCCUCAAAAACAUCGUCACAUAAGUUCAGAAUCAUCGCAAAGUGAAUCUCAUCGCACGCCAACUAAAGUGAGAGGCUUACAAAGUCCUCGUUCUUUGUCAGGAAGAUAUUCACCCCUUAAUGUAACAGUAAUAUCUCCCAAAGCAAAGAUAAAUUCUGUAACAAAAGAUUCUUCGAGAAAUGAACCGUGCAGUUCUAAGUCUCUCCUCGAUACUCCAAAGCGAAAUAGAGAUCACUUAAGGAUGAAUUUACUGCGUGAGAAAAUACGUGGUUUACCCUCUGGGAUGAAACAAGUAUGUUUUACACAGGACAAUACCGAAAUUGUUAAAGAAUUUGUCGAUUCGGAGGUUGCAGAAGAUAAUACAUCAAAUUCAAAGUAUGUGAAACAUAUUACUCCGAAAAGUAACAAAGAGGUUCGUAAACGAUUAAGUUUUUUGAAUGCUAAUGACAACGAAAUUGAUUCUGUAAAGGAUAAUAUUGAUGAGAAACAUUCUGAACAUUUAUCUUUAACAGAGAAAAUUCUGAACAAAUCACAUGAAAAUGAUGAUUCUGCUGUUGCAUCUGUGACGAAUUUCACUUAUGAUCAGAAUUUUAUAAAAAUAUGUACAAAAGAGAAUGAGAAAGUGAAUUGUGACAAUCAUUUACCCAGUACAUCUGGAAAUAAUACAGAUUUAUGUAUAGGAAAUUUAUCGGGUAAGGUACUGCAAGAAAAUGAAGAAGAAAAUAUCGUAGAUGAAGAUGAAAAGGACAUUUGUAAUAUGACGUACAUGCAACUGCUCAAUAAAAAAUUAGAAUCAGAAAUUGAGAAUUCGAGCUUCUUGUCAUUAGACAAUAAAAGAGAUAUUACAAAAAACAAAUUGAUCACUAUCACUACAAAAUUUAAUCCACCAACAAGAGAGAGAAUUAUGAAUACUGCGAAGACAUAUGAUAUUUCAGGAUGUAAGUCAAGCGGACCCUUUUUCAGCAAUAAAGUUGAUCUUAUAAAGCACAAAGAAAGUUCCAAUAGAACUAACGACAUCGGUGAUUUGGUUCCCUUCAAAUCCAGUUUGGAUAGAGUUACUGGUAUCAAACUUUGGCGCAGAGUGAAAAUUAAUGAAUUUUAUCCUUCUGGGUCGAAUAUCAAAUCGUGUGACAUAAAAAGAGUUCUCACCGGACACAGUUCGAUAGUGAUUGAAUCCCUGAUUCAACCACCAACUUCGAAAAGUGUUACAACUUGGUUGCAAGCUAAACAGUAUUUAGCGAAACGAAAUAAUACAGGUACUGAAGUAAAGAACAGGCCAAAUAUAGAAAUUGCAAAGGUAGGAGAAGAAAAUGUACCGAAUGUAAACUGUAAUGAAAACGUGGAAGGGCAUGUUAGUACUGCAAUCAAAAAUACAGCUAACGAAACGUUUAUUGGUACCGAGCAGCCAAAGCAACUGUCGCAAACUUCGAACACUUCGCAUUGUUCAAAUGGAUCUAAUCUGAAUCCUUCUUUACGACAAAUGCUUGAAAAUCCAUUAUUAUACAAAGACAUUGAUUCACAGCAACAUCUGGGAAUUUCCUAUGGACAGAUCGAAUAUUCUAUGAAAGGAGAUAGCGGUAAUGUUGCGGAUGAAAAUUUUCAAAAUGCCAAAGGCAUAACUGUGCAUCAAUAUUUAACAAUAUUUUCAUUGGAAGUGCAUGUUAUUACACGUGACAAACUUCUUCCGGAUCCAGAGCAUGAUUCAAUGGGAGCAAUAUUUUAUGCUAUUUACAGUGAUGUUCCAUCUUCGUCAGACGUUGAACGAAUAGAACAUGGUGCUAUUGUGGUAACUUGUUCCACGUACAGUUCAAAGAUAAAAAAUAUUUAUUCAACCAGUACAACAUGUCCAACAUCGUACGUAUCAAGUGAAGAGGAUUUAUUGAAUAGCUUGAUAACAUUGAUCAGGCAUUCUGAUCCAGAUAUUUUAAUCGGUUGGGAGAUAGAAUCACAUUCGUGGGGUUAUAUUAUGCAAAGAGCUACCCAUAUAGGUUAUAAUAAUCUUACAUGGCAAAUCUCGAGAAUUCCAAAUGUCACUCCAACAAAAGGACAGACAUUGGACAAAGACAACUUAAGCGAUGUAAAAAUACCAGGUCGAAUUGUUCUCGACGUUUGGAGAAUAAUGCGGCAUGAAAUAGGGUUAUUGAAUUACACAUUUGAAAAUGUUAUAUAUCAUGUUUUACGUGAAAGAAUUGCAUGUCCGACCUUUCAACAUUUAACUGACUGGUGGAAGCACAACAAUGUAACAAUACAAUGGAGAGUUAUUUUUCACUAUGUCGUGAGAGUUGUAGGCACACUUAGAAUACUGAUACAUCUUGAUAUUAUUGGAAGAACGUGUGAACAUGCGCGACUUUUUGGAAUACAAUUUUAUGAAGUUUUCUCACGGGGUUCCCAGUUCCGUGUCGAGUCGAUGAUGCUGAGACUUGCAAAACCUUUGAACUACGUUCCCAUAUCACCAUCUGUGCAUCAAAGAGCUAGAAUGCGAGCGCCCGAGUCUCUGCCUCUUAUUAUGGAGCCCCAGUCUGUAUUUUAUACCGAUCCACUGAUUGUUCUCGACUUUCAGAGUUUAUACCCAAGCAUUAUUAUCGCUUAUAAUUAUUGCUACUCUACAUGUUUGGGUCGUAUAGAACAUAUUGGCCAGUCGGAGCCAUAUGAGUUUGGCGCAGCUACAUUAAAAUUAAAAGGCAGUACCAUUCGAAAAUUACAAGGGAAAAUGAAUUUCUCGCCUUGCGGCGUAGCCUUUGUAACGCCAGAAGUACGACUUGGAAUAUUACCACGCAUGCUUGCAGAAAUUUUAAAUACACGAUUGAUGGUGAAAGGGUCCAUGAAACUCUACGGGAAUGAGAACCGUGUACUACAGCGUGUUCUUCAUUCGCAACAAUUGGGUCUUAAAUUAAUCGCAAACGUUACGUACGGUUACACUUCUGCUAAUUUUAGUGGAAGAAUGCCUUGCAUCGAAAUUGGAGACAGCGUUGUUAGUAAGGGAAGAGAAACAUUAGAAAGAGCAAUUAAGAUUGUUGAGUCUACGCCGAAAUGGGGAGCCCGAGUUGUUUACGGUGAUACAGACUCGUUGUUUAUUCUUUUACCCGGAAAAUCAAGAGAAGAUGCAUUCACUGUCGGGGCCGAGAUUGCCGAUACUGUUACUGCAGCCAAUCCUCCUCCUGUGAAGCUGAAGUUCGAGAAAGUUUUACAACCAGCAAUACUACAAACCAAGAAAAGGUACUGUGGUUACAUGUAUGAAUCUGUCGAUCAGAAAGAACCUAAAUACUUGGCGAAAGGUAUUGAAACUGUCCGUAGAGAUGGUUGUCCAGCAGCGACUAAAAUACUUGAAAAAUCAUUGAAGAUCUUGUUCGAUACCAAGGAUCUUUCCUUACUAAAGCUGUAUGUUACCAGACAGUUCGACAAAAUUCUACGCAGAAAAAUAUCAAUUCAAGACUUAACAUUCGCAAGGGAGUUUCGUGGUCUCCAGGGCUACAAAGCCAGUGCUUGUGUACCCGCAUUGGAACUAACACGGAGAUUAAUGCGUAAAGACCCUCGUGCGAUACCUCGUGUCGGUGAACGAGUACGUUAUGUGAUCGUAGCAGGUGCACCAAACCAACCGCUCAUUCAUUGUGUACGAACACCAAUGGAAGUGAUUUCAGAUGAAGGGUUAAAUACAAAUUCAGUAUAUUAUAUAACCAAAGUUAUUAUACCGCCACUUAAUCGCUGUUUAAACCUAAUUGGGAUCGAUGUCCAUACAUGGUACAGGGAAAUGUCCCAUCGGCAAACACCUGACAAAGCAGUCAGUUUGUUCACCGACAAUCAAAAACAAACAAUUCGACAAUUUUUCAGCACGGUUGUGUGCGCUGCUUGCGGUGAUCAAACGCAGAAGGAUAUUUGUACUAAUUGCGUGAGCAAUCCAAGCCAAACGGUUACCAUUCUACAUGAAAAGAUGAGGUGGCUUGAACGUUCUCAUUCAAAACUAACUACAAUUUGUCAAUCGUGCAUCGGUUAUUUGGAUGAUGUGAAAUGUGAAUCUUUAGACUGUCCAAUUUUUUAUCGCUUAACCCAGGCUCGGAGAGAUCUCGUUCAAAUACCAUAUUUAGACAGUAUUAUCUGUAAUCGUGAUAUUUUCUUUCCAGAAAGAAGAAACGUGAGACAGUGA